AUGGUGCGCAUCAUUCCCACCCGCCUCAAGUCGUCGUCGUCGACUUCUUCCUCUUCCACCAUCGCCAACAGCAGAACAAACAGCCCCAUGCGCUCCUCCAAGUCCGAUACCAGCCCUUCGCGGGAUGCGGGCAACGGCCUCACCUUGAAGGUCUCCAUCAUCAAGGCCAGAAACCUCGCUGCCAAAGAUCGCAAUGGCACUUCAGACCCAUACAUCGUUCUCUCCCUCGGCGAUGCCCGUGUCACUACCCACACCCAGCCGAAGACGCUCAACCCCGAAUGGAAUGUCUCCCAAGAAAUUGCCAUCACUUCCGUCCAAAACCUAGUCCUUGACGUCAUAUGCUGGGACAAGGACCGCUUUGGCAAGGAUUACCUCGGCGAGUUCGACCUGGCCCUCGAAGAGAUCUUCCAGAACGAGAAGGCUGAGCAGGAACCCACCUGGUUCCCGCUCAAGAGCAAGCGCCCGGGGAAGAAGACGAGUGUCGUCUCCGGCGAGGUACAGUUGCAGUUCUGCCUCAUCGACAACACCAACCCUUCCGCUACCGCCGAACAUAUCCUGGACAAGUUCUACAGCCUCGUUGGUUCCGUCCCCGUUGGCUCCUCUCGGAACAUCACACCCUCUAUGACGCCCAGUCUGGCCCCGACCACCGUCCCGCCGACCUCAGCCCCCACCUCCCAGGAUCCCACCGGAGACGAGGACGACGAUGACGACGAUGACGACCUCGACGACGAAGAAGAGGAUCCCUCCAAGCCUGAGACUGCCGAGAAGCGUAGGCGCCGCCUGCGCAUUAAGGGUCUCAAGAAGAGGCGCCGCCGCAACCCGUAUGCGUUCAUGGGAAAUGGCUCUGACGUUGUCGGCAUCAUCUUUCUCGAGAUCGCCAAAAUCACAGACCUUCCCCCUGAGUCCAACCUCACCCGUACCAGCUUCGACAUGGACCCGUUCGUCGUGGCCUCCUUGGGCAAGAAGACUUACCGAACCCAGCGAGUCCGUCACAACCUCAACCCCGUCUUCAACGAGAAGAUGCUGUUCCACGUUCAGGGCCAUGAGCAGCAGUACUCCUUUGCAUUCACAGUUAUCGACCACGACAAGUACUCGGGCAACGAUUUUAUCGCCUCGUGUAACCUGCCCGUUCAGGAGAUAAUUGAGAAAGCGCCCAAGGCGAACCUGGAGACUGGCCUGUACGAAGUGCGAGUCCCGAACCCAUCCACUCCGAAAUCCCAAGCUCGUUUCAAGAAGCUCGGACUAUCCCGUUCAUCGUCUACGUCGAGCCUCAGCAAGAUCAUCCGCCCCCCGAUCAGCAAGAACUCCUCCGCUUUGAGCACAUCGACCAUCGAUCCAGCCCAGGCCACUGCCGUCAACCGCGGUUUGUUGACGCCCGUUGAUGCCGCUGCCAACACUGGCUCUGAGGAGCCAUCGGAAACUGAAGACCCCGACUUCAAUGCAUAUGUCGUACCCUUAAAAAUGAAGAAUCUAGACAAGUGGGAGGACAAGCACAAUCCCACUCUCUACCUCCGCGCCAAGUACAUGCCGUACCCCGCGCUCCGACAGCAGUUCUGGCGGGCCAUGCUACGUCAGUACGACGCCGACGAGAGCGGCAAGAUUAGCCGCAUAGAACUGACGACCAUGCUCGAAUCGCUGGGGUCGACACUCAGCGAAACUACCAUUGACGGUUUCUUCAAGCGCUUCCCACACCAGGACAGUGACAAUGAUGACGUUUGGGAGCUCACCAUGGAUGAAACGGUCACCUGUCUGGAAGACGAGCUGGAGUCCAAGGGCCGGUCCUCCUCGGGAACUGUCGCCGACAAGCUCAAGAACAUUGUUCCGGAUAUGAAAAACCUUCUUCACGUCCCUGCCAAGGGUACCGACACUGGUCCUACCAGCUCGACCAGCUCUAGCGUUCUGGACCUAGCAGCGCCUCCUGGUCUCCAAACCUCAACCUCGGCGAUUAAUGUUCCCGAGCUCGGCACACCCGAUGAUGAGGAAAGCGACCCUCUCGCUAAGGAAGAUGAAGAGGAUCGAAGCGAUGAGCACGUGGUAGAGAUCCGAGAGUGUCCCAUUUGCCACCAGCCUCGCAUGAACAAGCGCAAGGAUGCUGACAUUAUCACGCACAUUGCCACUUGUGCAAGCCAAGAUUGGCGGCAGGUGAACAAUGUCCUGGUUGGCGGUUUCGUGACGGCCAGCCAGGCUCAGCGGAAGUGGUACUCCAAGGUUAUCACCAAGAUCUCGUACGGCGGCUACAAGCUGGGUGCCAACUCGGCCAAUAUCCUCGUCCAGGAUCGAAUGACGGGCCAGAUCAACGAAGAGAAGAUGAGCGUCUACGUGCGAUUGGGCAUUCGUCUCCUCUACAAGGGCCUCAAGUCGCGAGAUAUGGAGAACAAGCGAAUUCGGAAGCUGCUCAAGAGCUUGAGUAUCAAGCAGGGCAAGAAGUUUGAUGACCCCGCGUCCAAGGAAGAGAUUGAGAAGUUUAUCGAGUUCCACGGACUGGACAUGUCGGAGGUGCUUCUGCCGCUGGACGAGUUCAAGAACUUCAACGAGUUCUUCUACCGUGCCCUGAAGCCUGGAGCCCGCCCUUGUUCUGCCCCCGACAAGCCCCGGAUCAUUGUGUCGCCUGCCGACUGUCGAAGCGUCGUCUUCAACUCAAUCACGCAGGCGACAAAGAUCUGGGUCAAGGGUCGCGAGUUCAACAUGAAGCGACUGCUCGGCGAUGCGUACCCGGAGGACGUGUCACGAUUCGAAGGAGGAGCUCUCGGCAUCUUCCGAUUGGCGCCGCAGGACUACCAUCGGUUCCACAUCCCUGUGGACGGUAUCAUGGGCAAGCCCAAGACAAUAGAGGGCGAGUACUACACAGUCAACCCCAUGGCGAUUCGGUCGGCGCUCGACGUGUACGGCGAGAACGUGAGAGUUCUGGUGCCCAUCGACAGCGAACAGCAUGGUCACGUCAUGGUGAUUUGCGUGGGUGCCAUGAUGGUGGGCAGCACCGUCAUCACGCGCAACGAGGGCGAUCAUGUCCGACGUGCGGAGGAGUUGGGCUACUUCAAGUUUGGCGGUAGCACGAUUCUGCUCUUGUUUGAGCCCGGAAGAAUGACGUUUGACAACGACCUCGUGGAUAAUGGUAUCGAGGCUCUCGAGACUCUGGUCCGAGUGGGUAUGUCGAUCGGACACUCGCCCGAGGAGUCGCAGUGGAUGCCCGAUACGCUCACCAGCGGACAGGAGCUUACAGAGGCGGAGAAACGGGAUGCCAAGCGACGAAUCCAGGGCAAUGUGGCUUUGCAAGACUCGCCAGAUGGUAGUGGCGAUGACCAGCCGAAGGCCCGGCCGACCAGCCAGCCUACCAUCAACACCAUGGCCGCGUCGGCGAUGUAG